CAGAAUCCAUUAUUUCCCUGCGAACCUCAGCUUGAACGCAUUCGGUUUCACUUGGGUAUUCUUUCUCCCUUUUCGCUUCGACUUCGUAAGAUUUGGUGUAGGAGAUGUCAUUUCCCCAGUUGGGCUACCCUCAGUAUUUAAACUCCACCCAGGCGGUGUACGGAGGAGAUCGGCCGGGGGUACUGACUGCCUCUGCCCGGGGAGCAAGCUCUGAAAUCGCUGCAAAUCCGUCCGCCACAGCUGCCGCGGUCACAUCGGUGUUGGGCAUGUAUGCAAACCCAUACGCGGCGCACAACUACAGCGCCUUUCUACCUUACACCAGCGCGGACUUGGCUCUGUUCUCUCAGAUGGGUUCCCAAUAUGACCUUAAAGACAGCCCAGGUGUUCAUCCAGCUAGUUUUGCUGCCCAUACGUCUCCUGCUUUCUACCCGUACGGGCAGUUCCAAUACGGAGACCCUGCCAGACCUAAAAAUGCCACAAGGGAGAGCACCAGUACGCUGAAGGCCUGGCUUAACGAACAUAGGAAGAACCCAUAUCCCACAAAAGGAGAGAAGAUAAUGUUGGCCAUCAUAACAAAGAUGACACUCACACAGGUCUCUACUUGGUUCGCAAAUGCCAGGAGGAGACUCAAGAAGGAGAACAAAGUGACGUGGGGUGCUAGGAGUAAGGAAGACGAAGAUGGCAAUAUAUUUGGAAGUGAUAAUGAGGGUGAUGCAGAGAAAAAUGAAGACGAAGAAGAAAUUGACUUGGAGAGCAUAGACAUUGACAAGAUUGAUGACAACGAUGGAGACCAAAGCAACGAGGAUGACGAGGAGAAAUCAGAGAGCAGGGAUCGGGGAGAGUUGGACGAUAUGGAAAAAGGACGCACGCUGGCUAUUCAAGCACACGACACUUUUGACAAAUCAAAAAACAUUAUUUCUAUUGGUAAAGAGCCAUCAGAUAGCAACAACAACACAAGAGUACUUUCUCCUAGUGGACACGGUAGUUUUCAACUGCCAGUAAACAAUAAACCCAAAAUAUGGUCCUUAGCAGAGACUGCAACAAGUCCAGAUAGUUCUCAAAAACCUACGUCGCCCUCUGCUCCUGUUAGUCACACUUCGCCCCAGAUCCAGCACCCGGCCUUUCUUCCAAGCCAUGGACUGUAUACGUGCCAGAUUGGAAAGUUUCACAACUGGACAAAUGGGGCUUUCCUCGGCCAAAAUUCCCUGUUGAACAGCGAGAACACGUGCAAAGGACCGAAUCUCCGUCACAGCCAUUACAGUCAUCAUUUCGACCCGUUCAUGACAGUCCCAGGAAUCAGCAAGCAACGCAGCGAAUUCUUACAGCUCUGUCUUCAGCCUGAUCAAGACAUUUUAUCUGGGGAAAAAGGGACUGAACGUAUUAAUAAAAAGGACACUUUGAAAAAUAACUUUCCUCAUAGCAUUCAGUCGAUUACAGAACAACUGACGUAAUUUGAUUAAAAGAAAAUGGGUUGAUUUCCCUUAUUGUUGUACAUUAUCACAGCUCCCCUUUCGUUUUCCCCUGGGACAUUUGGUAUUUCGUCUUUCCUGUGUUUGUGUUUUUCUUUAUGUAAAUUCAGUGAUUUAAAAUUGUAAAUAGAGCGUUGACGGAUUUUGUCUAAAUCAUAUAUUUUGUCUAAUAAACUAAAUGAAACUA